CCAUUCGCAAGCUUGAGGCGUAUCCAACAACAUGAAGUACUUACCAGUGUUUCUGGCACUGCUCGUGCCCCCAGCGCCGGCAGCAAUUCUUGAGGACAUUCCAGGUUCAGAUGAAAUGGAUAUUCCAGCAUUUGUUCAAACACUCAACCAGCUUCACCGUGGGCCACCAUUGCCGCCAAGCACCAAGCGUGCAAAUGUGGAGACUCGAUGGUUCAACCAGAGCCUGGACAACUUUGACGACACCAACAAGAGCGUGUGGAGCCAACGUGUUAUGAUCAACGAAGACAACUUUGUAGAUGGUUCCCCUAUCUUCUUAUUACUCGGCGGCGAAUGGACAAUUGAUCCGAGCUCCAUAACAUCAGGACUGUGGGUUGACAUCGCAAAGGAGCACAAUGGGUCACUGGUCUACACUGAACAUCGAUUCUUCGGCGAGAGCAUUCCAAUUCUACCCCUUUCAACGGAAAACCUUAAGUAUCAUGGUGUGGAACAAGCUUUGGCCGAUGUGGUGAAUGUUAUCAAGGUGCUCAAAGAAGAGGACAAGUACAAGAGCUCCAAGGUCGUCGUUUCAGGCGGUUCCUACUCUGCGUCCAUGGUAGUUUGGCUUAAGCUAUUGUACCCCGACGUAAUAGUGGGCGGUUGGGCUUCCAGUGCUGUGUUAGAGGCUAAAGUCGACUUUUCCGAUUUCAUGGAAGUUGUUGGCAGAGCUUACAGACAGCUGGGAGGAGACUAUUGCUACGACCUCAUCGAUAAUGCGACAUCUUACUAUGAGGAUCUGUUUCAGACUGGUCAGGGAGCUAAGGCCAAGAAACUCCUSAAUUUGUGCGACAGUUUCGACGAGAAUAAUGAAAGGGAUCAGUGGCAAUUAUUUAGCUCGAUUGCAAACAUAUUUGCAGGCAUAGCGCAGUACCAAAAACCAGAAAACUAUGAUUUGGCCCAAUAUUGCUCCGUUCUGCGAAACUUUGAUAUUGAUGAUGCCUCAGCACUAUCUAAGUUCGUACAGUGGCGUUUCAGGCAACAAGGAUGUCAUAAUCCUCGAUAUCAGGACACUGUUGAUUAUUACAAAUGGGCCAAGAUUAACCACAAUGGUAGCCUACAUCUCAGCUGGUUCUACCAAACAUGCAGACAAUUUGGUUGGUUCCAAUCCUCUGCAAACAAGAAUCACCCAUUCGGAUCUACUUUCCCGGCAACUAUGUAUACGGAUAUGUGUCACGACGUAUUCGGAUCCCAAUACACCUCAGCGAAAAUUGAAGAAUAUAUUCAGGCCACAAAUAAGAAGCUUGGUGGAAAGCAUCCAGCUGUGGAGAAUGUUUAUAUGACUCAUGGUGCUUUGGAUGGAUGGAGCGCAGUUGGGUCUGACUCUGCUACAAUUAUUCCACAAGCCUCGCAUUGCUCCGAUGUUUGGUCAAUCGGUCCCACAGACAGUCCCGCAUUGCGUGCAGCUAAGGAACGAGUGAUUGAACUAGUUCGCGAGUGGCUUGCAUAAACUCCACAUGAGCGAAUUUACAUUUGAUUGCGUCCUCUCGAGUUGAAUAUGAUUGAUAUUUGUGUAGUAAAACGUGAAAUGUGCUUUCCACUUGGUACAUUGUACAGUACCAAGUACCAGUACCAAUUAUUUUUGUUGUUAUAUGAAAAAUUGAAAACAUUUACAUAUAUAGAAGAAGAAUAAUUUCGUAUAAAAUACAAAUAUAGCAUUUAAA